CAGGUUAUUCGAGACCUGUAGACGUGGAAGUCGGUAACAAUGGAUAUGUCGCAGCAGCAAAAAAAGUCAGUCAGCUUACCUCAGAGUUUGCGAAAAAGAAAGAUGAUGGCAGAUGUGACAAACAUGUCUCAGCGGACCUGUCGACUGGAAAUUAAAGUACCCACACAAACUGUGUAUGUUGUUGGUACGGAAAUUAAGGUGAUGGUAGACCGACAGCCACCUGCAUUCGCUCAACCAAUAGGCUUUGGCACCGUGACAUCUCAAGUACAUAAAAGGGUUAAACGGAAUUGUCUUUCAAAGAAAGACGCUUCUUUGCAAACCAUGAUGCCUCAACGAUCACUUACCAUUGACACUGACAAAACAACAAGGACGACAUAUGUACUUGGAACGCAGUUGACGGUGAAUGUAAACAGGUGUGCCCCACCGCUGGCCAAAUCCUUCUCAGUAAAAUGCACCCCAAACGUGUAUUACAAGGUCACUCCACAGGCCAGUGGCAGGAGCGCCGUUCCGUACCCCCUCACCACAAACUCCAUUCUUAUCGUCACGAUGGACACAGUCAGCGAGACUGCAAACGACAGCAAGCUCUCUGUGAGGUACUAUGGAGAGAAAACGGAGUCGCUCGGGGACGCUGUGCUGCAUCUAACAGCUGUCGAGAUAUCUCUGGACGUAGAUGCUGACCGAGAUGGCGUUAUUGAGAAAAACAAUCCAAACAAGGGAUCGUGGAAGUGGGGUCCUAAGGGCCAUGGUGCAAUUCUGCUGGUCAACUGUGACUCAGAGACCAAAUACAGUAAGAAAGUGGACAGUGAGGUUGAAGAGAUCAGUAAAGUCUCGGAUUUGCAGGACAUGUCCAAGAUGAUCCUGCGAACCAACGGUCCAGCUGAACUUCCUGAAGGCUAUAAACUGACCAUGCACAUCUCACAGACCGCUUCGGAGAACGUAAGAGUCUUUAGACCUCGGACAAAGGCAAAAAUGGACAACACGUUGAAGUAUCAACUCCUGAAUUUGUUCCUGAAAGAUUACAUGAUUGUAGUGGGAAGGGGCAAGCUGACACAGGAAGUGCCCUAUCUGGGAGGCAAAAGUGAACUGGAGUUGUUUGCAGAGGGUCUUCGCUUCCCUGAUAAAGAUUUUGAUGGGCUCAUCACUAUCAACCUUAGUCUAACAGAGCCCUCUGCCAAGGGCUUCCCUGAAUCUCCCGUCUUUACAGAUCGAGUAGUAUUUCACAUUUCUCCCUGGAUCAUGACCCCAAACACCCUCAAACCUGUGGAGGUGUAUGUGUGCAGCACUAAAGAUAACACCACCUUCUUGAACAGCAUAGAGAACCUGGUGGACAGGUGUGGCUACAAACUGAAAAUAUGUUAUGAGUACAUGAACCGAGGUGACCGCUGGAUACAGGAUGAGAUUGAGUUUGGUUACAUUGACUCUCCCCAUCAUCGGUUCCCUGUUGUAUUGGACUCUCCUCGUGAUGGAGACCUUCAGGAGUUCCCCUACAAUUCCAUUCUGGGGCCAGACUUUGGGUACGUGACACGGUAUGCUUUGAAUGAGAAGGUGACCAGUCUAGACUCCUUCGGUAACCUGGAGGUUAGUCCACCGGUCACAGUGAAUGGGAAAAAUUACCCACUUGGUAGGAUCAUCAUCGGAGUGGCCUUCCCUACAGCAACGCGUGGCCGCAACAUGACCAAAGUUGUCCAGGACUUCCUGUGGGCACAAAAGGUUCAGGAGCCAAUAGCGCUGUACUCUGAUUGGCUAGUUGUGGGUCAUGUGGAUGAGUUUAUGACCUUUGUUCCAGCCCCUGACCGGAAGAAAUUCCGGUUGCUGCUGGCUAGCCCUGAUGCUGGAUACAAAAUUUUCAAAAGCUUAGAAAAACAAGGAUACGGAAAAGAAAAAAUGUUUCCAGGUUUGCCAGAGGCCAUCACUGUAAAUGAGAUUGUGAAUGACACAAAACUACAGGCUGGAAACAGAUACGUGCAGAACUGUAUUGACUGGAACAGGGACGUGCUGAAGAAAGAGCUGGGUUUGGAAGAAGAGGACAUCAUUGAUUUACCCAUCCUGUUUAAAAUGAUAGAAGAGAAAUCAGGCACUAGAGCUGUGGCUUACUAUCCCGACAUGGUUAACAUGAUUGUGUUGGGAGAUCAGCUGGGCAUCCCAAAACCGUUCGGGCCGCAGGUGAAUGGCAAGUGUGCUUUGGAGACAGAGGUGUCCUCUCUUCUGGAGCCUCUGGGGCUCAAAUGCAACUUUAUUGACGACUUUGCCCCAUACCACAAACUCCUGGGUGAAAUUCACUGCGGUUCCAAUGUUCGUCGAGAACCAUCGCCUUUCAAAUGGUGGAACGUAGAGCUGUGAUAGAGAGGGUAGACCUGUCAAGUGCCUAUUAAAGAUUUAAACUAGUUAGUCCUAGCAAUAAACAAUGCGUAGAGCAAAAUACUAAAAAUGUAAACUCUGUCAUUUACUCACCCUCGUGUUGUACAAGCAGCUCUUUUCCAUAGGUGCUGUCAUGCUCCAAAAAAGAAUGAGAAAGUAGCACAUAAAAGUCAUUCGUAUCACUAUGCAAUAUUCUGAAGUCAUACGAUAGAUUUUCGUAAGGAACAGACAGAAAUGUAAAUGCCUGUUCAAUAAUAAAACCUCUUUUGUUGCACCCACACAUUGACAUUCAAGAGCUAGUGAGUUUCAGCAAAUGCAACUUGAAGAGAGCAAAGCGUAUACUUAUGAAACAACACGAGUGUGUGUAAACGACAAUUUUGUCAAGUUCUUAUGACUUUCUUCUGACAACCAGGCCUUGUUUACAGACGUAUAGUUCUUCCUCAGGCUGCAGUGGUGCUGUUUCAGGAUUUCUAAGAAAAUUAAGGGCUAACAAUUAUAAAUAAUGCUUCAAAGAUGUUCCAAAAUAAUGUUGACUGCUUACAGAUCAAGAGAGCUAUUGUUUAUCUUUUCUAACAAAAAAAAAAGUUUAAAAACUGUACUGGGUUUCUCUGUUGCUUUGCUAAUAACAACUGAAUUUUUUGCUUUUGUAAUUGGUGAUUGUUUUGGGUGUGCAUUUUUUCAUAAUAAUGUACAUUACAGCAAUAAACAUUUAAUUGAACACAA